CUCUCUCUCUCUCUCUCGUUCCUCACCACUGUCCUUGACAGAAGCUGGUGGGUUAAACAAAGCACCAUACUCUGCUGGAUUGAAGACCUUUCACCAAAAAUCAAGGAACUAACACACUCAGACACAGAGGAGAAUGGCGUUUCUCAUUAAGAGCAUGGUGGGGAACCCGCUGAAAGGGAUGGGACUCGGAGGAGGAGAGGAGAAAUCUGAGGCAGAGACUCCGAAGGACCCGGCGGCGGCGGCUGGGAUGACCAGAGAGGAAUAUGAGGAGUAUCAGAAACAACUGGUGGAGGAGAAGAUGGAGAGAGACGCUGAUUUCCUGCACAGGAAGGCAGAGAGGGCGACUCUCAGGGUUUGUCUUCGCGAUAAAUACAGACUGCCAAAGAGCGAGCAGGACGAGAACAUGAUCCAGAUGGCCGGAGACGACGUGGAUGUCCCCGAGGAGCUGCUGAAGAUGGUGGAUGAGGAUGCGACGGAGGAGGAGGAGAAGGACUCCAUCCUGGGCCACAUGCAGAACCUGCAGAACAUGGACAUGGAGCAGAUCAAGGAGAAAGCCACGGCCACGUUUAACGAGAUGAAGAGCAAGGCCGAGGAGAAGUGCUGCGUCAUGUAACCGUCCUGACGAGACACGACACGCAGUGACGAGAGAGAGAGAGAGAUGAAAUUCAUGAUUAUUAAAUAACACAAGGAAUUAUUGCAUGUAAAGCACCUGGUUGAAUUUAUGAACUUGAUGAUGAGCAGAUGAGUUGAAUCAGGUGUUUAAUAAAAGAGUUCAUUUAUACUUGAUCUAUUUUUUUUAAAUUGCACUUAAAACUAUUAUUAGUAUUCAUUACUAGUCACUUCACUACUUUAUUCAAUAUUUUCACCAUGGCUGUGUGUGAUUAUGUGUUAGUGUAACUUCUUCUGUGUGUGUUUAUGAGAGAGUAUGAAUGCUUAUAAUGUGUCAUAAGGUUUGCUUUAUUGAAAAUAAUCAAAGGUUAUAUCUCUGUUUUUGUUUUUUUUAUUGUAACUACACGCUAAUUAAACUGGAUGCUACUGUUCUAUAGUCACUGUAUUAAAAAUGUUUGGUUUUAUUUAUGUUUAUAUUCAUACACUCCUGGGCAAAUAUUAAGCUUUUAAUGGUCUUAAUAACAAAUCAUUGGUUAGAAAAUUAGCAAGAAUUAAACAAAUGCUGCAGCUCUCUCGCUGCUCUAUCAGUCCUGGUUCGUUUAUGAGCUUGUUAUCAGACCCUUGAUGAGCUGCAUCAGGUGCAGCACAUAACCAAACAAUGACUAAUCUUUUAAGAAAAAAAAAUCCCAGAAGAUAUUUUUGGAAAGUUUUGUACACCCAGACAUGUGUUAGUCUGAAUUCUAUAUCAAACAUUUUAAUCAUUAUCAUGAUUUUACUUUUGUGUACAAGAAUACUAUAGAAGUGAAUUUCCCUGUUUCUAGCUUUUCCCCAAACGAACAGUUCACUGCAGCAAAAGGAAACCAGCGAAUGGAGGCACAGGAGCUCUCAGGAGUGCUUCAUUCAAUUGUUUCAUUCCUGCUCACUUUCUCACCAAUGAUUUGUUGUUAAGACCGUAAAAAGCGUAAUAUUUGCCAUGCUGAGCUCAGCCCAUUUUUUUUUGUCCAGGAGUAUAUUUAUAUGAAUCACAUUUGCAUUGUAAAAGAAGAUUAUUGUGCUCCGUUUCCUCUUUUUCUAUGUUCUGGUGGUAAAAUAAACGGUUACAGUUUUUGUGUCUCACAUUUUGAGGCUUAUAUGAUACAUGUUAUGGCUGUAGAAAGAAAGAAAGAAAGAAAUAUGACAUAAAUUGUAUAUGUUCAGGGGAAAGAGACCCUUACAGAGUCAUAUGUGAUCACGUAAAAAAAAAAACAAAAAAACUGAUUGAAAGUGCAAUGCAACGUGUUAUUCCUGAUCCUGCACACGUCAGCUCAAGUACACACACGUGACAUCAUGUGAAUAAUAUG